AUGGAUUUGGUGAUUGGUGAACCAUUAUACAUUGUUGGUGGAGAUUGCGGAUAUUGCCAUGGGAAGAAAGAUGGAAGCAGAAAAUCAUAUAGUCUACAGUCAUACGAGGAGGCUUACGAUGCGGGGACUAGACCGUUUGACGAGUAUCCCAACUCCAGCACCAUAUGCUGCCAUGUAUAUUCGUGUACCCCGGAAAUCUAUGAACUGAUGAUGAAUCGAGGAUUCAGAAGAUCAGGGAGCUUUCUAUAUCGUCCAGAUCUGCUCCGCAAUUGCUGCAGACUAUACACAAUUAGAUCAAAUAUAAAACUUUUGAAGGUCAAUAAGGAACAUAGACACAACGUGAAUAGAUUUGUCAGAUUCAUCACAGGGAAAGAGUCUACAAACAAGAAUAAACCUUUUGACCUGAAAACUGCGCUGCUUGGAGCCGAAACAAGAACAACAUCAUUCAAAACAGUAAUUGGUCCUGCUAUUUUCAGCCCUGAAAAGUAUGCGCUGUACAAGAAAUACCAAACAACUAUACACAAUGACGACCCCAAUGAAGUUUCGGAGAAAGGGUUCAAGCGAUUUUUAUGCCAAUCGUUUUUUCCGGAGCUAUACUCGGACUUUCGAUCCUCAGAGUACUGGUCAAAAUUGAAUAGCUGGCGGGAGUUUGAAGUUACAGACAUUGAGGGUGAACAGGUGGAAGGUCCAGUUCACGAGUGCUACUAUAUUGACGACAAGCUAGUGGCCAUAGGAGUCUUGGAUAUUUUGCCUACUUCUGUGUCCUCUGUAUAUUUCAUAUGGGACCCUGAUUAUGCUCAUUUGGGACUUGGCACCCUUAGUGCUUUACGGGAAUUAGUUUUGACGGAACAGCUAGGAAAAGAGUAUUAUUACCUAGGAUACUAUGCCGACGACUGCCAUAAGAUGAAAUACAAAGCCAAGUUUGGUGGUGAAAUUUUGGAUUUGACCACUCUCACUUUCUACAGCCUCGAUGAGCUUAAGAAAGUGACUGACUGCAGUGAACUUAUCGCUUUGAGCGAGGCAGAAUCGACAUCUACUGAACCAGCCAUCCCUUCAACGAUAAAGAGUAGCCCCAUCAGUCACAUGAUAAAUGUUGCAGAGAAUAUUUACGGGGUGCAGGGAGGGAGUUUCUCGGCCAGCAGAAAUGCGGCACAAGAAAUUAGUGGAAUUCUCGGACUCAGCGAAUUUGGAGAUCAGAGUGACGAUGAACUCUGGAGGCGAGCUGAGGGUUCAACCAUUCAUGCACUGCCGCUUGUUUCACCUGGAUUAAUUCCUCUUUGGCAGAUUAUGGAUUGGGUGGCGACUGGAGCCAUGCGUGACAAAUUUUCGUACUGCCUCGUUUUAGAUCACACGAACUCGCAACAUGGCCAAUUGUUCGAUUUCUCAAAUAAGACAUCUGCAGAUUUUAGGAAGUCAUUUAUCGAUCUUUUGCGCAUGUUCGGGGCGAAAUUGUUCGAGAAUGCUAAAAUAGUGUUGCUCAUGUGA